AUGAAUGAGUUGACUGUGCUGAAGUCACAGCAGCGCCAGAGAAAUGUUACUCAUGUCACGAGCAAACCAAAACGCUCAUUAACUUUAAACGGUGGAAACUCGUCCCCUGCCCCCGCCUGGAACCUCGCCCGGCACGUCCGUCAGUGCCGCGGGUCUCCCCCGCCCCGGCCCGACUCUGGCACCAUGCAGGGGCAGCGCUGCGGCCCCUCCGCCCCGUCUCACCGCUGCCACGGCACACCCGGGACGGGGAACAGCGGCGGGACCAGGCACGGCCGGCGAGCGAGAUGGAACCGGGCAGUUCGGGGGCAGCGAGAUGGAGCCGGGCAGUUCGGGGGCAGCGAGAUGGAGCCGGGCAGUUCGGGGGCAGCGCACCGCGGACGAACCGCGCUGCGCACCGGGCCCCGCCAGGGGGCGCCGCCGGGGAGCGGCGGCGGCGCUGCCGCACUGAGCCGGGAGAGCGCCCGCACCGGCCCUCGCAAGCGCCUCGGGCUGGUUUAUGUCCGCUCGAGAAACUCCUCUGCCAAGGCGGGCUCGGCAGCACCGGGGACAGCGAGCGCUCCGGCACCCGCUGAGCCGCUGCCUCCUGGGGACGGGAGCCCCGGCUUAUUUUACCGAGGGCACCUCUCCGCUGGGAGAGCAGCGCCAGCCCGGCGCGGCUCCGGCGGCGCCAGGGCUCGCGUAGCGGACGGUGCCGUGGCCCCGGAGGCUGCCCGGCCGCUGCGACGUCCCCGAGGGUCACGGGCUCUGCUGCCAGAACGGGGAUUGCUUAAGGACGGGGCGGGAGGCUUUGGCUCUGCCCCCGGGACCAGCACGCGGAGCGGACCGGGGUCCCGGGGCUGCGGCCCCCGCAGGGCCACCGGCCGCCGAGGUCCAGAGGCCGCCGGGGUUGACGCGCGUCGGGUGUCUGCGCGCUCCCGGCUGCGGCCAAAGCUGAGAAACCUCCUGCGGGAGCGGGGCGGCGGCGACACGCAGACACAGGCACUUUCGGGUGUCCCAGGGGAGCAGGAGGCAGGCGGGCACUGCGCUCCGCCACCUCCCUCCGCUACCGGCGGCGAGCAAGCCCGUCGGGGCGGCCGGGGUCGAUGUCGCCCGGCCGCAGCACGGACGGCGGAGGCCGCGCUCUUACCUCGUUCCAUCGGUCCCGCCAAGGCAGCAACGUCCCUACUUGGCCCCUCCUCGGUGAGCGGCUGCCGGCUGUCUGGAUCAGCGCCCGGCCCUCGCCCGGGCGGAGGUGGAGGCGUCCCUCCCGUGAGCCGAGCCGAGCCGGUCAGCGCUGCGGGGCCCCCAUUCAAGGCGCAACACCUGCGGGCUCGGCGGGCGGAGGCGCCGCUGGCCCGAAGCACCGCACGGGUGCCGGCAGGGCGGCUGGACGCGGGCGAACCCGGCGGUCUGUGCGGGCAGGCGGAGACCGAGCCGAGCCGCGGGCUGGCGGCGCGCCGGCCCCUGCCCGCUCUGGAGGGGCUGUCACCAGUCUCCGGGAGGGCCCGCGGCCCUCCAGGAGGGCCAGUCAGCCCCGCCGGGGCCGCCUCCAGCAGCUUCCAACGGCGCCGUGAGCCAGAGCCGCGCCGGGGGCGGAGGGAGCAGGUGGCAUCGCCACCCCCUUCCCAACGCACGCAGGCGGCGCGGAAACGAGCCUGGACACAGCUAAUGGGGCUCUACCGGGAACCCGAUACACUGUGA